AAUAUAAACCCAGCAUGAGCAUCAACAAGAAUGGCCUUUUUGCUUUGGUCAGUGUCGUAUGCUUAUACUUACUAGUCGCAGGAGGAGCAGUGAACUACAAGGAAAAUGAUAGUGCCAUUGAUCGAUUCAAGCUAAACUAAACUAAUGGUUGUUGCUGGUGUUGCAGUUGCCUCCUCCUCGCCUUCCUUCUGGUGCCUCAACUUUCAAACCCCUCCGCUUUCCUCCCCCACCAAAAUUCAUUGACCACCAACCUUCUCUUUCUCUUAAAAAUCAACUCCGCUUUCUCUCUCUCUCGUUGCAGCAUCAUUUUCUCAAUCCUAAUCCAAUUCAUCGCUUAAUUUUCCGUUUCUUUCGGUUAUUUUUCUUUUUCUUUUCUAAUCAUGGAGUCGGCGGAGAAUUGUAGUGUUAAGGUUGCAGUUCAUAUUCGUCCUCUUAUCGGCGAUGAACGCGUUCAAGGUUGCAAAGAAUGUGUCACUGUUACGCCUGGGAAGCCCCAGGUUCAAAUCGGUACACAUUCUUUUACAUUUGACAAUGUCUAUGGAAGUGGUGGUUCUCCAUCAUCCGCCAUGUUUGAAGAAUGUGUUGCUCCACUUGUUGAUGGGUUGUUCCAAGGAUACAAUGCCACUGUACUCGCAUAUGGUCAGACAGGAUCAGGGAAAACAUAUACAAUGGGGACUAGCUUCAAAGAUGGUUGCCAGACUGGAUUGAUUCCUCAAGUUAUGAAUGCAUUAUUCAAUAAGAUUGAAACAUUAAAGCAUCAAACAGAAUUCCAGUUGCAUGUGUCCUUCAUAGAGAUUCUAAAAGAAGAAGUGAGAGACUUGCUGGAUACUGUAUCUGUGAGCAAAUCGGUUGCUGCUAAUGGACAUGGGAAAGUUGCUAUCCCUGGGAGGCCAUCAAUACAAAUCCGUGAAUCGUCAAAUGGAGUUAUUACCCUAGCGGGAUCAACUGAAGUAGCUGUUAGUACAUUACAGGAAAUGGCUGCUUGCCUGGAGCAAGGAUCAUUAACUAGGGCAACAGGAAGUACAAAUAUGAACAACCAGUCGAGUCGGUCGCAUGCAAUAUUCACGAUCACAUUAGAACAGAUGCGCAGACUGCAUCCAGUUUCUCCUGUUAAUGACACUCCAGAUGAGGAUAUGGGUGAAGAGUAUAUCUGUGCUAAGCUCCAUUUAGUAGAUCUAGCUGGAUCUGAACGAGCAAAAAGAACUGGUUCUGAUGGUGUUCGUUUGAAAGAAGGUAUUCACAUAAAUAGAGGGCUUCUUGCACUUGGUAACGUCAUAAGUGCACUUGGGGAUGAGAAAAAGCGAAAAGAAGGAGUGCAUGUUCCCUACCGAGACAGUAAACUGACUCGACUCUUGCAGGAUUCACUAGGCGGAAACAGCAAGACUGUUAUGAUAGCUUGCAUCAGUCCUGCUGACAUCAAUGCUGAGGAAACUCUCAACACUCUCAAAUAUGCAAAUCGUGCUCGAAACAUUCAGAAUAAGCCUGUAGUUAAUAGAGAUUUAAUAUCCAAUGAAGUGCAACAGAUGCGCCAGCAGCUAAAGUACUUGCAGGCAGAACUUUGUGCUCGGGGGGGAGCAGCUCCAUCAGAUGAAGUCCAGGUGCUGAAGGAAAGAAUUGCUUGGCUUGAAGCUACCAAUGAGGACCUUUCUCGAGAACUUCAUGAAUACCGCAGCUGUUGUGCUGUUGUAGAGCAUUCUGAAAUUGAUUCGCAAGAAGGCCAUGCCUAUUCUUCAAAAAGUGACAGACUUAAGAGAGACUUUCAGAGUAUGGACUCAUCUGACUUUCAAAUGGACGAAGUCUUAUCAGGUGAAAGUUCUGGGGAAAUUGAUGAAGCGGCAAAAGAGUGGGAGCAUGCACUUAUGCAAAGUACCAUGGAUAAAGAAUUGACUGAACUAAACAGACGUUUGGAGCAAAAAGAGUCUGAGAUGGAACUUUUUGGAGGGGUUGAAACUGAAGCUUUGAAACAACACUUUAGGAGGAAAAUCAUGGAACUUGAGGAAGAGAAAAGAAUUGUUCAGCAAGAGCGGGAUCGUUUGUUGGCUGAAAUUGAGAACCUUGCUACUAAUUCUGAUGGACAAACACAGAAAACUCAGGAUCUUCAUUCGCAGAAACUAAAGGCUCUCGAGUCACAGAUUUUAGAUCUUAAAAAGAAACAAGAAAGCCAGGUUGAGCUUUUAAAGAAAAAACAAAGAAGUGAUGAAGCAGCAAAGAGGUUGCAAACUGAAAUACAGCAUAUCAAGGCGCAAAAGGUUCGGUUGCAGCACAAGAUAAAACAAGAGGCAGAACAAUUUCGACAAUGGAAGGCCUCAAGAGAGAAGGAAGUGCUGCAGCUAAGGAAGGAAGGCAGGAGAAAUGAGUACGAGCGACAUAAACUUGAAGCACUGCAUCAACGACAGAAACUGGUUCUUCAAAGGAAGACAGAAGAGGCAGCAAUGGCUACCAGAAGGCUAAAGGAGCUAUUGGAAGCUCGCAAGUCUUCAGGACGUGAGAACUCAGUUAAUUCAAAUGGACAUACACCAUCUGGGCAGGGAAAUGAAAAAUCUUUACAAAGGUGGCUUGAUCAUGAGCUAGAAGUCAUGGUGAAUGUGCAUGAAGUUCGUUUUCAGUACGAGAAACAGAGACAAGAACAAGCCGAACUGGCAGAGGAGUUAGCCUUUUUGAAACAAGUAGAUCAGCUCGGUCAUAAUGGGCAAAGUCCACAUAAGGGGAAGAAUGGAUAUUCUACAUUAUUGUUGAUGUCACCAAAUGCAAGAAUGGCGAGAAUAGCUUCUCUAGAGAAUAUGCUGAGCACAUCUUCAAAUGCGCUAUCGGCAAUGGCUUCACAACUUUCAGAGGCAGGAGAAAGGGAGCGUUCCAUAAUUGGUCGCGGACAUUGGAGCCAAUUACGCUCAAUGGGAGAAGCUAAGAACCUGCUUCAGUAUAUGUUUACUUCUGCAGCAGAAGCGAGGUGCCAGCUGUGGGAUAAAGAUAUGGAAAUCAAGGAUCUGAAAGACCAACUGAAUGAGCUUGUAACUCUACUGCAACAAAGUGAGGCCCAGAGGAAAGAACUAGUAAAGGAGCAGAAGAUGAGGGAGCAAACUGUUGCCAUUGCCUUAGCCACAUCAACUUGGGGUAAUUCACUCAGUUCAUCUAAGCACUAUUCGGAUGAUAUCAGUGGUCCCUUGUCCCCAAUGUCACUUCCAGCGCCAAAGCAACUAAAAUUUACACCUGGGAUUGUUAAUGGGCCUGUCAGAGAGUCGGUGUCCUUUCUGGAUCAGACACGGAAGAUGGUACCAGUUGGGCAGUUGUCAAUGAAGAAACUCGUAGCUGCUGGCCAAACAGGAAAACUCUGGAGGUGGAAGAGAAGCCAUCAUCAGUGGCUGCUUCAGUUCAAAUGGAAGUGGCAGAAGCCAUGGAAGCUCUCAGAAUGGAUCAAACACAGUGAUGAGACAAUAAUGAGAUCAAGGCCUCGCCCACAGGCUCUUAUUCACAUGAUAUGACUGCUACAUUUAUCACCCGUUUCUUUAUUCCAGUAUAUACAACUUGGUUGCCAUAAAUGAUCUGACACAUGGCCAAUUGAGACAGAAUGAGUGAAGAUGUAUAUAUAUGGGAAAGUGGCUUUCUCCAUGGUCAUAUCGGUUUGAGAAAAUCAUGAGGCUGAUGCCAUCUUUGGACUGGACUGCUACAUCAUAAAAUCCAACGAUCUUCUUGUUUUGCUGAUGGGUCUCAAAGGUUCUGGAAGAUGACAGAGGUUGACUGGGUGUGAUCACAUAUAGCAGAAGAUAUGGUUCUUGAUUUGUUCUGCAUUGCAUGGUACAAAUUUUCUCUGUAAAUUUUUGAUGUGCUUGCAGUGAUAAUUGAUGAAAGAGAGGAAAUCGUUCACUGAGUGUAGGUUUUGUGUAAAAGUCUGCUGUAUAUAUUUUGAUUUGUUUGAGUUAUAUAUUAACAUUUGUUUUUUAAGCUAGAA